AUGAAUCAACAAAAGUAUGUAUGCCUUUUUAUUUAUGCAAGUCUAAGCUAUUAACUAAAACAGAAGAUCGAGAGAUUCACUAUAUAAUGAUGAAAAUAUAGAAUCCAACUCGGAAGAUGAGUAUAUUGCACCAAAUAUUGAAUUUGAGAUCGUUGAGGUGAAUGAAGUAGAUGAUAAAAAGCAAGAUGCUAUUCAAGUAGAUAACAAAGAAGAACCAGAAGAAUUUGAUUUUCCAUUAUUUACAAGCUCGACUAAAUCAACAGACAUACAAGAUCAAGCGGAAGAAAGAGGAAGAUCACAAUCAUCAACAAUGAAAAUUUCAUUAAGAGAACCAUCAGAAGAACGAAUAGUCAAUGAAAGACCAGAAUCAUAUUAUUUUGCAAGUUAUUCAUUAGAACAACUAAAUCAAUUUAAACAAUGUGCAUUAACAUAUGUUGAAAUUUUUAAAGAUAUAAAAAUUAUACAAGAUAAUCAACCAUGGAAAGUGAUAAAUUUAAAUGAGUACAAUAUAAAAAUAGAACAAGAGUUAAAGAAGAACAAAAAGAAGAAUAGACCAGGUAAGAAGAAAAGAAUGAAUAAAAUUAAAUGUAGAGAACGUAAAAUUGAAAAUUUAAAAAUAAUGAAAAAGUUGGAACAAGAAAAGAAGAAAUUACAAUUUAAACAAAAAUAUCAAAGAAACGUCAGUAAUAAGAAAUUAUUUACAAAGAACAAACCAAUAAAAGCUAAUAGUAUUAGUAUUAGUAGUAAUAAACCUAAACCUAAAUAUAGAACUGAAUAA